UUUGUCAUUUUGCAGCCGAUGCGGACUGACGCAAGUGAACAGUCUCCGCAUUACGUCACCUCACAGGCCACGCACUGGAGGCAGGUUGAGGCUGCUCUGCCCAGUGCGCUGCCCGAACAUUUCCACUACAGCAGGGCUUUGUAGGAGCGCGACACGAUGCUGCAGCGAACACCAAACACAUCCUGAACACAGCGUCGGCUUUGGAGGAGCCGUCGGAUUCUGGGACGGAGAGGAAAAACACAGCUAUGUUGGAUGACAAGCCUCGGGAUAGAUUCUGAAUGAUUGAGGAGCGCAGGCAGGGACAACAUGGCUGAUCGACGGCAACUGUUUGUGGAGAUGAGGGCUCAAGAUCUGGAUUCUAUUCGGUUAUCCACUUACAGAACAGCCUGCAAACUGCGAUUUGUGCAGAAGAAAUGCAAUUUGCACCUGGUUGACAUUUGGAACGUCAUCGAAGCGUUCCGAGAGAGCGGACUCAACUCCACGGAUAUGAACACAGAGCUGAGUGUGGCUCGCCUAGAAGUGGUCCUGUCCACCAUGUUCUACCAGCUGAACAAGCGCAUGCCCACCACACACCAGAUCGGAGUAGACCAGUGCAUCGGCCUCCUGCUCAACUUCCUGCUGGCUGCAUACGACCCGGAAGGCCACGGCAAGAUCUCCACUUUUGUGGUGAGGACGGCGCUGGCGACUUUGUGUGGAGGGAAGAUCCUGGACAAGUUAAGAUAUAUUUUUUCACAGCUGUCGGACUCGGCUGGAAUCAUGAUGCACUCACAGUUUGACCAGUUCCUGAGGGAGGUGCUGAAGUUACCGAUGGCGGUGUUUGAAGGGCCUUCGUUUGGCUACACGGAGCAAGCAGCUAGAGCGUGUUUUUCCCAACAGAAAAAAGUCUCUCUCAACACGUUCGUGGAUACGCUGAUGUCAGACCCGCCCCCUCAGUGUCUGGUCUGGUUACCGCUCAUGCAUCGGCUCGCCAACGUGGAGAACGUUUUUCACCCGGUCGAGUGCUCGUACUGCCACACAGAGAGCAUGAUGGGCUUCCGCUACCGCUGCCAGCAAUGUCAUAAUUACCAGCUCUGUCAGGACUGCUUCUGGAGGGGGCAUGCCAGCGGUUCCCAUAGCAACCAGCACCAAAUGAAGGAGUACACGUCAUGGAAAUCCCCGGCUAAGAAGCUCUCCCAUGCUCUGAGUAAGUCUCUGAGCUGUGCGGCCAGCAGGGAACCUCUUCACCCGCUGUUUCCCGAAAUACCUGAAAAACCUCUGAACCUCGCUCACAUCGUGCCUCCAAGACCCAUGAAUUAUCCCAAUGACUACUCCUUCUCCCACUCCAUGCCUACAUCAGGGAACCCUUACUCCACCAAAAAAGCACGUAGCUUAUCUUACAGCAAGAAUACUGCUGAACAAAGAAAGCCCUUGACAGAGACGGCACCCCAUCUGUUGAAAGGGAGAGGGUUAAACUACAACCUGGAUGUGGCUGAUAGACUUGCAGAUGAACAUGUUCUCAUUGGUCUCUAUGUGAGCCUGCUCCAAAACAACCCCAAGUCAUGUUUGCUGGAGAGGAGUAGCCACCUCCAAGACGAAGAACACAGCCUCAUCGCUCGCUACGCUGCCCGGCUGGCUGCUGAUGCUGCGGCUCAGCAGCAGCGGGUCCCCACAGACCUGCCCUGUUCUCUGGAUGCCAACAAGCAGCAGAGGCAACUCAUCGCUGAGCUGGAGAGCAAAAACAGAGAAAUCUUACUUGAAAUCCAGCGGUUACGUCUUCAGCAUGAAGAGGCAUCCCAGCCCCCACCAGACAGAGGGCAGCAGAACCCCGCCCUGCUGGCCGAGCUGCGACAUCUCAGGCAACGCAAAGAUGAGCUCGAACAAAGAAUGUCUACACUGCAGGAGAGUCGCAGGGAACUCAUGGUGCAGCUAGAGCAGCUAAUGAUGCUUCUCAAGAUUGAAGAGGAGAAAAAGGAGGCUACUCAGGGUCCUGGCUCCCCACGCUCCUCCCCCAGUCACACCGUCAGUCGCCCGAUCCCCACACCCAUCCUGUCUGAUUCCACCUGCACCACCCCCACCCACAUGCCCCAGGACUCACUCAUGGGCGUAGGAGGAGACGUACAGGAGGCGUUCGCUCAAGGCCCGAGGAGAAACUUAAGGACUGACCUGCUCAUUGCUGCUGAUUCCAUCACCAACACAAUGUCAUCACUGGUUAAAGAGCUGAACUCAGAAGGAGGCAGUGAGACGGAGAGCACAGUAGAUUCAGACCUGGGACGUGAGCUUUUGGCGGCAACAUCAGAUCCUUUCUUCAGUUAUAAAACAAGACCCGCCAGCGGCGCCGACACUUACGAGAACAGCCUGGAGGAGCAGCUGGAGGACGAGCUCAAGUUGGAGGAACUAAUGAAGCGCAGACCGGAACCAGACAAAUCGUGCAUGGUGACGCUGCAGCAGUGACCACGCCAGCAAUACAAAACACUGGACAAAACACUGGACUGAUACAAAGCAAUGAAUACGAGCACUGUUGAAUCCAACCACAGAAGACGUUUAUGUAAAGAUAUAUAUUUUUAACCAACACAUAUAGGCUAUUUAAGCUACUACUGUGUAAAGAGAUUACUACUGAGCUGUCUAUAAUACCACAGGUGCCAUAAAAACACACAAUUUGGGGAUAAAUAUAUAUUUUUUUGUUAAGUUGUUAAGAAUGAUAUAAUACACUGCCAGUGCCAAUAGGCUUUGUGCACCACAUCGCCUAGCAACCUCACUGUUAGCAUCUCUACUUCCUGUCCAGUUUCAUGUCUAUGAGGUUUUUGCCAAGUCACGCUAACAUAAAGAUCAGGCAGUGGACAGAAAUGUUUGUGUCUCAGUGCUAACGCUAAUACUAAUUUUGAGGUGUAUUAAAUAUUAAAACAACACCACAAACUGAAGUAGUCCACAUAUAAAAAUAAUUGGGUAAUCUUUAUUUUAAUUCAUUUUAAAGGUCCUAUAUUAAUUAAAUUGACUUGAAAUGUGCACUUUAAGUCAUGUUCUGAUGCUGUUACCUCAUCAAAAACAGACCAGGAGUUGUGUUUUGUUUCAUUCACACAUGUUUGAGUAACAUUUUAUUAUUAAUCUGUCAACAUCUCCAAAGCUCAAAAUGCUCUGUUCCACCUUGUGAUGUCAUGAAGUGAUAGUUUUCAAGUUCACAGUUAUGUUUUACCUUUAGUUCAGUAGAAAUUGGCAAUUACAGGGCUGAAAUAUUCCAAAUGAUUGUAGUGAAGGUGUAUGGAGUUUAAAAACACAGCAGAGCACUUCCUGUAUUACCACAUGAUGUAUCACAAGGUGAUAUUUUCAGUUUGAGAGAAGAACUCAGCCUAAAUAUGCAGGGUUUAUGUGUUCAACAUGUUGUGUGUGAAUGAAACAAAACACAGCUACAGGUCUGUUUGUGAUGAGGAAACAACGUUAGAACAGAGAUCAGAAAAUAGAGUAAUAUGAGCCCUUUAAUAGGUUGUUUAUUUUAUGUUUUCCAAUUUUAAUAAAAGUGACUGUUAGCUUUGAGUCACAAUGAGCUAGCUAACAUGCUACUGUGCACAGAGUCUAUUAGCAAAUCUUAGUUUGAUGACGUUCACCCGGGAUGUUUCUUCAUGUGCCAUCUCAGAUCAAAGAUUAUGAUGACUGCAAUACUUAUGUAACUUUACUUUUCGUUAAUGGCAAAAUUGAUCUGACACAUGAUUUUAUACCAUUGCUCUUAAAUGUUUUAAAUGUUUUUUUUAAUUUAUUUUUGGUGCCAUUUCAUGUGGUUUCUGUCUAAAACUGCACUCUGCCUUAGCUUAUUGAGUGAAUCUGGAAGACGUCAACGCAGUAUGUAGCCAGCACUGCUCUGCUCCUUGUUUUAUGUUCUGCUUCUUAAAGGUCCUAUAAAGGUCCUGUAUUACACAAAAUUGACUCUUGUGAGCUUUAAUCCAUGUUCUAAUGCUGUUACCUCCUCAAAAACAGACCUGAAGUUGUAUUUUGUUUAAUUCACGCAUGUUGAGUAACACUUUAUUAUUAGUCUGUCUACAUCUCCAAAGCUCAAAAAUGCUCUGUUCCACCUUGUGAUGUCAUGAAGUGGUAGUUUUCAAGUUAACAGCUCCUUUUACCUUUAGUUCAGUAGAGAUCGCAAUUCCAGGGCUGAAAUGAUCCAAAUGAUUCUAAUGAAGGUGUAUGGAGUUUAAAAAGACAGUGGAGCACUUCCUGUAUUACCACAUGAUGACAUCACAAGGUGGAACAGAGUGUUUUCAGUUUGAGAGAAGAACUCAACCUACAUAUACAGGGUUUGUGUGUUAAACAUGUGAAUGAAACAAAACACAACCCUAGGUCUGUUUGUGAUGAGGAAACAACAUUAGAACAGAGAUCAGAAAAUAGCAUAAUAUGGGCCCUUUAAGUCUAAAGCUGUGAUGUUGUUGCUCUUUCAACUUAACAUAUUUUGUUUAUGCUUAGAAACACAGGUUACACCAUAAAGGGCACUGGAAUAAUUAAUUCCAAUUUUACAUCACGAUUUGGAGGCCCGGGUGCAAACUAGAGAUCGAUACACCACAGACUGUGUGAAGAAGUGGACUAAGUGAGUGUGACGUCACCCAAAGAGUUCGGCUCCAAAUGAAGCUCAUCAAGGCUAAAGCAGUUAUAGGGGUGAAUUUGGAGCUGAGUUCCAUGUUUGGAAUUUUGACCACAAGUAUCAUAGCAACCAAAGAGCCAAUUCGGACCAAGGCUGUUGAAGUUGAUGCCCCUUCCCGCCUGCACCACUGGUUUAGCAGGGAGUGGGCAAUUAGCAAUGUUGUCAAUCAAACUUGUUGCUAACACUUAUUAAUGUUCAUAUCUUGAUUUACAGACAAAAUAGCAAAAUAAAAACCCCAGGAUCAUGUAGAGCGGGUUAAUACGAACAUUUAAGACCAAAAUGAUGAGUCUGACAGCAGCAGUUACAGAGAGAGGGGACACAGUUUUUCAAUAGAAAGUGAAUUGGAGUCAACGAAGCCAGAAGCGCACCCAUGAUUACUUCCUAUUUGAAACGUGGUGGCUAGCAGGUUAGCUGUGUCCAUUUAUAUGUACAGUCCACGCAAGCCUCUGAAGAGUCCAAAUAUUGGCCUGGGAGAUACAUCAGUCUAUCUCUAGCACAGAUGAAGCUGACUGAGGGUGAAUUCAAGUUUCAAAGGGGCAUCAAGGUAAAUGCUUCCAUUACGUGGCAUUAUUUUAGGAGCCUGAAAUGAGGGCGCAAACAUUUUUAUCUGAGUUUGCAAUGCACCCUUUUGCCCCCCUGUAGACCCGGGCCCGCAGAUCCUUUGGCUAUGGUUCAAGCUGCUCACCUGCUAAAAUACAGCACAUUCACACACCUCUUAUGUAUUUUUGAGUGUGUGAAACUCAGCCACAAGCCAGUUUAAAACAUAAAUGUGUGAAGAAUAUCUAGUUUGAAUUUUAAGUUCAUAGCAGUGAAUUUGCAUGGUGGUGACGCGUAAUAAACUGUUGACAU